AUGGGUGGUCGACCCGAUGGCCUCCAUCGUGCCCACAGGUCGGAGCAGCGGUACAGAGUCUACUCUCCUGUACAUGAGGAUGGUCGGCUGCAUCAGAAAAGCAACACUUGGUCUUCAUACGACAGAUACCGUCAAGUUGUCGAUGAAGCAUUUUGGGAAGCACCGACGCUAUACGCCUUCUCAUAUAUCACGAUCAUUUUGGGAUGUUGCACGAUUAUUGUGGCAUUCUUUGGUUGUUGCGGUGUGAAUGCGGAAAGUCGUGUUCUACUAAUAGUUUAUGCUAUGGCCGUUUUUCUCCUUCUUAUUGACGUUGAACUAUCGGAUGCUUUAAAUUAUAUGGUGCAGCACUACUACCAGGGUGCAGGCAUUAUACAGGAGUCUCUCGAUCGUUUGCAAAUCACGUUUCGUUGCUGUGGAAACGCUGGUUGUUCCGACUUUCGUGCAUUUCGUCAGGACCCUCCACGAUCAUGUGACAUAAGAUGUGAUGGUUGUCACUACCGGAUUUGGGUCGCCUUAAGUAUAGGCUUCUCGAUAACGUUGGUGGUUUUCUUCGUUGUCGUUAUCUGUCAAGUUCUGGCCCUAGCAUUUGCGCUCUAUAUAGUUUUCAUUCGCUCCGAGCAAGUUCAUAUGGUCUACGUUGACCGAGGAAGAGACUCAAAAUCAGAGCCGCGCAGGUUCGUUACGGAGACGUUGCAGAACCAUAACGUACCAUAUAAUUUGAAGAAAGCUGGACACGGAAGGGACUGA